CCCAACCAUCCACCGCUUAACCACUCACUCACGACAAUCCACAAGCUCCCUCCCAAAAAGACCAAAAACCGCAGCGACAUUUCCUCAAACAGUUUAGCCGCAAUGGGCGCCCGAUCGCUUCACCGACGCUCCUUCAUCCCCCUCCUCCUCCUCCUCCUCGCUGCCUCCGUCGUCCCCCUCCUCUCCGCCGCCGGGUUUGGGGGCGGCGGGGGUCCCGUCCUCGGCGGGUGGAAGCCCAUAAAGGAUGUCAAUGACCCGUACAUCAAGGAGAUCGCGGGGUUCGCCGUCAGCGAGCACAACAAGCAGGCGAGGGCGAGCCUGAAGUUACAGGGCGUGAAGAGCGGGGAGUCCCAGGUGGUGGCGGGGACCAACUACAGGCUCAUCAUCGCGGCAGCGGACGGCGCCGCGACGGGGGAUUACGAGGCCGUCGUGUGGGACAAGCCAUGGGAGCGUUCCAGGAAACUCACGACCUUCAAGCCCGUGACCCACUGAGUUGGGGUAAGAUAGUGAAAACGACAAAGUCGGGCAUGGGAGAGACACUUGGGGCUUCUUCGCUUUUCUGGCUUCCUCUUCAAUUCCUGCAGAUUGGAUAAUAAUAAAAUAUUCAAUAUUGUAAUGUACCAGUAAAAAAUAGUUAACAUUGCAAUGAGAGUUAGAUAAUCGUAAAUCAGAUUUCUAUAAAUUUCUGUUCGUGCAAUUUUUUUUUUUUUAGAUUUUUGCUAAUAUAUGUCCGUUGCGGGUUUUCCGAAUUUUGAUUA